GAAAUAUCACCAAAUCUCAGUGAUUGAGUCGCUUAUCAAUCAAUUAGAGUAUAUAUUGUUGUUUAUACAAAAGCCUUAUUAGUACAGUAGUAAUCGGGCAUUGCUAAAAUCAAGAUCAUUUACAUUUUAAAGGAUCAUAAUGAAGAUCUACGCGGUUAUGUUCCUUAGUUUUGUCGUAUCGUCACAAAGCUUUCCAGCGAAAUUUCAAAGGGCUAAUAAAAUAUCAUACUGCUACCCCUUCCCAUUCGUAUCGCGUGAAGAAUGGAAUGCGAAACCACCAACAUCUAUAACAGAACAGAACACGCCAGUACCCCUAGUGAUCAUACAUCAUAGCUACAUACCAAAUGUUUGCCACAGUCGGGCAGAAUGCGCUAGAUCAAUGCGCUCUAUGCAGAAUGCACAUCAGAUAACAAAUGGAUGGAACGAUAUUGGAUACAAUUUUGCAGUGGGCGGCGAUGGAGUAGUGUACGAGGGUCGAGGGUGGAACCGCGUCGGCGCACACGCAGCUGGUUUCAACACUAACAGUAUUGGCAUUGUCUUCAUUGGUGAUUGGGUGUCUACCGUCCCUGCAAAGUUGCAACUGAAUGUUGCAAAGGAACUUGUGAAGGUUGGUGUGGAACUGGGUUACAUCAGUCGUGAAUAUAAGCUAAUUGGUCACCGACAAGUUGGAGCGACAGAAUGUCCUGGCAGUGCGCUAUUUAAAGAAAUAAGUACUUGGGAACGAUUCGCGUCUUCAUUAUAAUUUUACAUUUGACAUCUUCAGUAGAAAAUUUGUUCAUAAAUGUUUUUCAGCCAGUAUCAAUUUAAAUAAAUGUGACCUAACAUUGUGACUUGGUUAAUGUUUAUAGACCCUUUUUACGACUCUUUAGCUGUCGCUGAAAGAGUUAAAUUAAAAUGCACUCUCCUGAUAUGCAAUAAUAUAUUUUUAGAACUCUUUUUAAAUAACCAAAAUUAUUGCUUGCAUGCCACUACAACUCUGAAAAGAAUUUAUUAAUUCAAAAAAAGAAUGCCUUUGUAUAAAGCCUACCCUAAUACAAUUGAAUUGUUAAGUAUUAAAUAAUAAUUUAUCUUUUAAAUGCGUAUUACUAAGAAAUAUAAUACAUUUAUCUGUA